AUGUUCACCACAAAGCCUCUGAGCUCCUUCAAGAAGGCCAUCUCGUCUAUCCACCAACCCCUGCCUCUCUCUACGCGGGAGUCGCAAAAGCUGCUCAAUGUUCUAAAGACAUCAUUCCGUCAGAACCUCGACAAGGAGCAUGGCUGGACUCCCGAGACCGCCGAGUCAUCGGCUUCGCAGACGACAGCCAACAAGCCUACAUCUCACAACGCCCACCACCGCCCGACAGACCGACAUCUUCGAACAAUCCUUUCCAACCCCCUCUUCAAGAACAGCGAGAAGCCCGUCAAGUUGCCGCUGACAUCGCCGAGAGAUCCCAUGGACGUAUUUGAAGAAGCUGCGGCGAGGGGCAUGAUGACGAGGAAGGCCGCGACUGGCUGUCUACGAGCGACGCGCAAACAGAUCCUGGAAUCCAGUGUCAUCUCACUCCACGACGCCAUGGCAGACUCCAUGGCAGGAUCACAGGUGCUCCAAUGGCUGAGGUCGUCUGGCCAGGAGCGGACGUUGGAGUUCCUCGCAGACAAGCCCUUUGUCUUUGAGCUAUCGCAAUUUCUGGUCGCCGAGGGAUUGGAAGAAGUGCUGUGGGCGUGGGCAGAGCGGAUGGUGCGGAGUGAAGGCCCAGAAGAUCCGAACAGCAUCAUCGUUGGUUCGUUGGUGGCCAACCUGGUCAAGGCCAAGUCCAACAUGUACGACGAGAGUCUCGACACAGCCUACUCCGCCAUGCUCAGAGCCGAUCAGACAUUUAAGACGGACGCUCAGAGACGCAACAUCCUUCUUGCGCCAUGGCAUGUUCUUUCCUGGCGGUCGACUGUUGAGGCCUGGAAGAGGCCAUUGCCGUCUGCCGCCUUGUUCGAGUCUUUCGUCGGCACUGCCAACCACAUCCACAGACCGCUCAAGAUUGACCGCGCACAUCUUGACCUCCACCACCCAGUAAACCCCAGCCACCAACGAGCUGUUGGCUUUCUUGAGGGCUUGCAGGCAAAUGACAAACUGGCUCAGCUUUAUGCGGCAAACAACCUCGGUUCGAGGGUUAUCUGCAUGGGCAUGGACGCUGUCAGCCACCUUACGCGCCUAGGCCGGGCAGAUGAAGCAGAGUCAGUCCUCCGUAUCCUGCAGUCUAAAUUUGCAGAAGAGGUAUGGCAGGAACGUCCUAGACAUGCACUCCGGGCGUACCCAGUUUGA